AUGGGAUCAAUCUCCCCUUCUUACUGGAGCAGAGCGGUGGUGUUCCCUGACUGGGCCUACAGGCCGGCCUGGUCCCCGGGGCCCCGGCAGGUCCAGCUCUGGCACUUCCUGCUGGAGCUGCUGAGUCAGGGCGAGGGCGGGGCCAUCGGCUGGGGGGGCGAGUGGGGCGAGUUCAUCAUCCGGGACCCAGAGAGGCUGGCCCGUCUGUGGGGCGAGCGGAAGGGCAAGCCCCACAUGAACUACGACAAGCUGAGCCGCGCGCUGAGGUAUUACUACAACAAGAGGAUCCUCCACAAGACCAAGGGGAAGAGGUUCACCUACAAGUUCAACUUCAGCAAGCUGAUCCUGGUGAACUACCCGGCCUUUCCCCCCUGCCACGUGGCCCCACAGGCCCACGCCCUCCAGGGGCAGCUGCCCUAUCUCUCUGCCCCGCCCCCUCCAGGGAGCAGCCAAUCGGGGCCUGUGGGCCUGCACCUCCCCCCGGCUCUGAAUGGCUGGCCGGUCAACAUGGGGCGGAGCUUGAGCAGUUACCACACCUCUCCUCCGAUGGCCACAGAAGAGGGGGAUGAAAAAAGAACAGACGAGAAGUGA